AUGACUCUGGAUCCAGGUGCGCCCCUUCCUCCAGGCAGCACGGCAAACAGACGCCUCGUGGCGAGUGGUGCGCGCUGUGCCGUCUGGAAGCGGCCUGACUGUUUGGCACCCGAAGAGAAAGCUCUGGGAACAUACUUGGACCUCGACCAAGACCCACCUGCAGACCUCCUACUCACAGACGAUGUGCGUGAGGUUGCUGAGCAUGCUGAGCUCUCCAGUCCCGGACGCCCGAUAGCGACAGUGUCCUGGUCCAGGCUUGACCAAAGGUCGCCUGAGCAAGCCCCUGCAGCCCCAGCAGCCGCUGCAUCCGGCUUAGUUUCAGGAGACCGGUGCGUUAGGUGCCCUCCGAUGCUCGAAGCUGCGCCCAAAGACAGGCAGGGACAGUCCGAAGCCAGCGAACCUGAGGAGGAUGCGGAACAGAAGCGACAGCGAGUUCGCGAUGUCAUGAUGCAGGUGUUCACUUGGCUUGAGGAGGAUUAUGGCACCACCUGCGGCCGCAGUCGGAAUGCAACAUACCGGGACGGCCUCAAGGACCAGAAGAGGAUCCAAACGAAGGUGACACUCCAUAUGCAACCUGGACUUAAAGACUGGCGCCGGCGAAGGGGCAAUGCAGUGCCUAGCACUGCACGAGAUGCAGUUUUCUCUGUCCUGCAGCACCUCUUCACGGGAUAUCAUUUCGAGCAACGUGAAGUCCGAGUGGAAGUUGCGCGCCCUUUGCAGAGUGCUGCGGGAGGAUUCAGGUUUCCAAGGCUGGAGGCAUCCAUCUAUGGACGGUGGUCGCCGAUGAGCCAUUGCUGUGAUACGGCGGUCUUGACAUUCUUCGACGUCGUUUGCGGUGUGUGUGUCAUUUGCUUGAGGUCAACUUGCAAAGCUCCCGCUUUGCAGCUGAUGCCGCUGGCUGAAGCACUACGUGUGCAGAUCUGGGGACAUUGGAUAUCCUUAAAUGGUGGAGUCCUGCCCAAGCACAGGCCACCACGCCCAGCACGGACCAGAUUUUUUCCUAUGUGGCCGGAAGCGGGCUGGAUACCUCGUGCAACCAUGAUGGCCUUGCUGGCUGACCAGGAUGAGCACAAAUUGCACGUCAGUGUGGAGCUGAGACAUCCGGAGCUUGAGCUCGAUGUGGAGAGGAGUCUUCAUGGCUCUGAGCCUUGCGAAGAGGACGACGAUCAGCUGGAUCCAGUGAUUGGGGCCAGCCAGCCGGAGGUCAGCAUUGAGGGCAGCAUCGCAGCUGUGGCAGGUGAGACAGCAACCUUUGGGGGUUCAGGCAGAGACAACCAUGACAACCAUAGUGCCGAUAUGGCGUCCGAGCGCUCAGUGUCGCCACGACCUAUUCUGCGGAGGCCUCCUUCGAAGGAUGCCUGGCGUGCUCGGCCCGUGACCGACGGACAAGCCUCGCUCUUGAAAUCUAAGCUCGAGGAGCUUUACCUGGAGCAGCGCUUUGGCCCGCUGAAUGUGCAGACAGACAAGUUGCUCUACGCUCAAGCCUGCCAGCAGCCGUACAGGGACUUUAUGGGGAGCCGGGGCCAGCAGGGCCUUUGCACUGGAAAGGCCCAGGAUGAUGGUGCGGCUGCGGCCACUGAGACCGAGGAUCUAUUCUAUCUGACAUCUGAAGAUGGCACUCUUUAUUCAGAAGCUACCCCUUUGCGGGGGCAAGCCUUGCAGCAGAGGCCUGGAACAGCAGGCAGCACCAUCAGCACCCCGGCCACCAGGUCUUCGCCAGCGAUGUCCCGACCAUCGUCCUCUCGGCCUCGGUCGGCGGGUCCAGGACGCGCUUCGUUGCCGAGCGGUGAAAGAUGCAAGACACCGGCAGGCAAAGGUGCAGUCCCACCACACAUUGCCACCAGCGCAAUCCAUGCAAGACGACUUGGCCAGCGCUGGCGUGUGCUGCCCCCGAAGCAUGUGAGGCCGCAUCAUUGCAACCUUCCCUCAGUGUUGGUCACGGCGAACCAAUCAAUCUGA